GUAAAUUCGGUAUAAGAAAAAAGAUGGUGUCGUUCUUGUAUUCAUUCAACGUCCCAUGCCUGCACAAUUGAGAAUUUGAGAGAGAAUCUAUAGAUAGAAGAGCUCAAGCAAUCCAUUUAAAAAAAAAAAACCAAGGAACAAAAUAUCAACCCCAAAAACUGAGCACUCUGUUUCUAAUUCUCUCUCUCUCUCUCUUCUUCUCCUCAAAACAGGAGCUCUCUGGGAGUCAUUUUUCUGCAAUUGGGUCACUUUGAUUUGCCUCGGGCUUCCACUUUUACAUAUGGGAUUUUCUCUCUUUUGAUGGCCAGUGGUUGAUUAACACGAGAUAAUUUAGAUUGAAGGUUACGAAAAUGUCUUUUAAAAGCAAAGGAGAGCAGUCUUCUAGAAGUUUUGUAUCAAAGAAAUGGACUUUUCUUCUUUGUUUGGGCUGCUUCUGUGCUGGAAUGCUCUUCACCAACAGUAACAGGGUGGAGACUGUUCCUCAAUCUAAAGGUAUCAUGAGGGCAACUGCAAUGGAAGCUGAAAAGCAAAAACUAAUUUCUGAGGAUUGUAAUCUAAAAGCUAAAGAAGAAAAGCAUGUAUCCAAAGAUAUCAUUGGGGAGGUUUUUAAGACUCACCAUGCUAUACAGAAAUUGGAUAAGACUAUUUCCAACUUAGAGAUGGAGUUAGUUGCUGCAAGGGCAGCACAAGAGUCCUUACUUGGUGGCUCACCGUUAUCCACAGAUGCGAAUAAAGCCAAAUCAUCUAGGAAAAGAAAGUAUCUGAUGGUUAUAGGAAUUAAUACUGCUUUUAGCAGCCGGAAAAGAAGAGACUCGGUUCGUGCUACAUGGAUACCACAAGGUGAAAAGCGGAAGAAAUUGGAGGAUGAAAAGGGCAUUAUCAUUCGCUUUGUUAUUGGUCAUAGUGCCACGACGGGUGGUAUUUUGGACCGAGCAAUUGAAGCUGAGAAUAAGAAGCAUGGAGACUUCUUGAGACUGCAGGACCAUGUUGAAGGGUACCUUGAAUUGUCUGCAAAAACUAAGAUAUACUUUGCAACUGCUGUCGCUUUAUGGGAUGCAGAUUUCUAUGUCAAAGUAGAUGAUGAUGUCCAUGUAAAUAUAGCGACACUCGGAGAAACUCUAGUUAGACACCAAAAGAAUCCACGUGUAUACAUAGGGUGCAUGAAAUCUGGUCCCGUCCUCUCUCAAAAGGGAGUGAGAUACCAUGAACCUGAACACUGGAAAUUUGGUGAGGCAGGAAAUAAAUAUUUUCGUCAUGCUACUGGACAGUUGUAUGCCAUUUCAAAAGAUUUGGCCUCAUAUAUAUCGAUUAAUCAGCAUGUUUUACACAAGUAUGCAAAUGAGGAUGUUUCUCUGGGAUCAUGGUUUAUUGGACUUGAUGUCGAGCAUAUUGAUGAUCGGAGAUUAUGUUGUGGCACACCACCUGAUUGCGAGUGGAAGGCCCAAGCUGGCAAUGUCUGUGUUGCUUCCUUUGAUUGGACCUGCAGUGGAAUUUGCAAGUCUGCUGAUCGGAUUAAAGAAGUUCACCGGCGGUGUGGGGAAGGAGAGAAUGCUUUGUUGGGUUUUACUUUCUAAUGGUAUUAAGCAUCUUGGUUUCUUCCUAUCUCAGGAGGAUGAUAAGGCGGGAGUGAUAAGCAUGCAUGGCGAUCGAUCCAAAAUCUUUUUUCUGUAGUCUAAUGAGUAUAGAAACGUUAUAUGAAACUAGAGAUGGUGAGAAACCAUUGAAAAUGGGGUAACCUUUUACAAUAUUAGUAUGAGGGAAGUGCCACUAUAGCAGCCCUACAAGGAAGUGGCUGCCGGCUGCCACCACUACCCACCUAUUCUUUAAGGCUUGAUUGGCCAAUUUGUAAGUUGCAAUU